AUGGAAAACGUCCCAGCUAUCAACAAGGAACCCGCGCCUGCAGCCGCUACGGGAGAGAAAGCGGAUAAUCCUGAUGGGCCUCCCGUGUCAGAGCUUGCGGCUCGAGAAGUCAAAUGCUGGCUACACAACACACUUAACGUUGCUCUAUACCGUGAUGGCGAAACCAUCGCGCACGGCAAAUGGACCACGGACAUGUACCCUCCCGAGAUCGUUGAGGCGGGCGAAUGGGCGAAGUGGCAAACGCAGUCCGACGGGAUGAUGACAGGCACUGAGGGGACGACCAACUACAAGAUCUUCAUCAGUGACGACGCUAAUGAAGUCGUGUCGAAUGCGGAGGAAGACACAGUGGUUCAAAUGUGGUGGGCGAACCCGUUUUCGGGAGGAAAUCAGUAUAACGCGGGGAUUGUUGGGCCACGCAGAAACGACUAUAAAAUCAAGGUCGAUGGUGGUGGAGGAAAUCAUUCCACGGUGACCUACACCUUGUCGAAGAAGUGA